GUUGCUAUUUACAUAUAAGAUAUUCCAAGUGGAUCAGUAUAUCGGCGGUGUUUGGAGACUAAGGGAAUAACCAUUUGUUAGUUUCUAAUGACAGAUUGGAUUAAAGGAGGAUAUCUUGACGAGGUAUCAACAGAACAACAUGGAUAUGGACGCCAUAAUGGAUUUGGACGGAAUUGUGGAGAAUUGGGCGCGGAAAGAGUUGGAAAAGGACGCAAAAUCGGUUAAAGCACUAAAAAAACGGGUAAACAAUUAUGACAACUUGAUCUAUGCUCGUCGUGAUGGCAACAUAACUUUCGAAAGACAAGGAGACACUGAAUACAGACAAACCCAAAAUAAAUUGGAGGACAAGAUGCCAAAUCAGACAGUGAUGAAAUCAACAUUCAAAAACUAUACCGGUUGUCAACAAAUACACGCCUUUAAGUGUGAGCGAUCCACCCAGGUAGUUGAGAAGCUUAUCAUGACAAAUGGAUUCAAGAUGGGGGCUAAUAUUGGAAUUCAACUAGGGGUUCCCAAGGUAGCAAAUGUUACAUUUGGCUUUAAUCCAGAAUUGUCGUUCGGUAACAAUGCUGAAAAUAAUCAAAUGCAUUCACUUACCUGGAAUUCGGACAGCAAUGUACAUGUACCGCCACACGAGGAAGUUAUUGCAGAAUUUAAAGUGACGGAAAGAAAAUUUAUUGGUACAUUCGAGUCAAAAAUUAUGAUAAGUGGUUUAAUGGAGGUCGAUAUCAAAGACCCGGACAGUAAUGAAAUUAUCCACACUGUAAGAGAAAACAUGGCCAAGAUAAUCGAGUUGUGGUUGGCCUCAACAAAAGGAAGGGGAUCAGAAGGUCAACAAAGAAAUACUGGCUAUGAUAUAGAACUUUCAAAUGGAGAUACGACCGCGAUAUGGACUGUAAGAGGCACGUGUUACUUCCGGUAUGGUGUAGAACAAACUAUUGACACAAGGAGUAAACCGUUGACAGAGGAAUCUACGGAGUACGCAUCACCUAGUUUCCCGAAUAAUUCCUCAGACUGUGAUAACACCGUGUAGAAGGAAACUUUGGAGGUGGCAUUUUGCGGAAAUAUCGUUAUGUUGUAUAUAUUCCGGGGGUGAAGCGAGUAGUCGUGAAAAAUAUGUCUCGUCUGAUCUGUCGCCGUGUACGAAUACAGUAAAGAUUUGGUUCAACUUUUUAUCAUUUUUUUUCUGAUUUUUUUUUUCAGAAAAAAAUAUGCUUUUUUGAAGCUUUAUAUCUGAUUAAUUAUUUCGAGAUGUUCACGGAAAUUGAGACAAUAAGAACCCUUUACUAUGAUUUUGUAUUGCCUAUGUCCGCAUGGUGCAAUGUGUUACAAAUAACGGGAUGUUUCUAGACGUGCCAGUUAUAAUUCAGUUAUAAUAUUAUUUUCUUUUCUAUAUUUGAUUUUUGGCUCGACUAAAUGCAUUUAUACGCCAGCAAUCCGUUUCCGUUUGUGAAGGCUAUUAUCCGUAACUCUUCGAUGUCUUCGAAAUUCUUCCAUGAGGUUAGUCGUAAGCUUGCAAAGCAUUGAUAGUUCUUUCAGCGUCUACAUGCAAAAUGGUCUUCUUGCUCUUCUCCUAAGACAGAGACUCGUAGAUUCUGUGCUUAUCCAUUAAAUGGAGUUGCGGACCAAGGUUCCUCACUUCGCUUCCUCAACGUGAGCAUUACCGUGUCAUCCUUACACUUGAAAUAAAUAAAUAAAUAAAUAAAUAAAUAAAAUAAAUAGAUAAAUUAAUAUAUAAAUAAAUAAAUGAAAUAAAUGAAUGAAUAAAAAUAACCACUGAGCCGAAAGUCAUCAGAGUUUUCAAAGACUUUUUAAGCGAUACCAAAUCCUAUUGAAAUAUAAGGAUACGACUUUAUAGUCUAUAUCGGUCAGAUGACCAAAAUGAUCUUUUAUACUAUCUCGCUAUCGUAAAACCCAAUUUAGCACAUCUGUCAUCUCUCAAUAUCUCUAACUUUGUCCCAUUGUACAAGCUGUAGCAAUUACCAUGUGUUUUCAUAUUGAUGGAAGUAUAGACUUGUGUUGCUAAAUCAUCCUCGAGAGAGUUGUAUGUCAUACCUACCUUUAAAGUAACAUCAUCCGUAUCUUUGUAGUGUUUGAUAACCCUCCCUUUUUCAUUUUUCUUGAAAAUGAGGAUUUCAAUAAAUCGAGAAAUCAAAAUGCAUCUAAAUCAUCUAUUAUUUUUCGCAACCUAAAUAUACUUUAUCUAUUAAGCCAUGAGGUAUGGGUAUGAUUUAAAUAAAAAAAAAAACGAAUGUAUAUAAGAUAAAUGAACUACAAUGUUAUUUUCCGACGAACCUCUCUUCUAGCGUAACAGCUACAGAACAUUUGUCAUGUUUAUCUGUCUUGAAACCAGCUUCGUUCAUGCGUACUGAGGGUUUCUUUUCUUCG